AUGUCCAACCAUCGUCCAGACAUCAUCACACCCGUCCCAGCCUCUGGCACGGACGACAAAGCUGUCACAGAAGGGCUCUUCACUUCAACUACGAAUGGCACAGCCGUUGACAAGCAGGACGCUCGCGUGUCAUCCAACACUGACGGGGCCGACGCCUCUACAGUCGACACCUUCUACCGGCCCGACCCCUACGACUUUGGCCGACACCGCCGUGACAAUGUCUCCAAGAAACAGAUGAAGAUUGAGCAUCCCAAGGGUAACAAGAGGAAGCUCUCAAAGUUCUACACCCGCCAGAACGAGCUCAUCGACCAGUUCCUGGGCGCCGAAGAUGAAGAGAGGCAGCAGGUCGACGAGGAUGCGCGGAUGGGCCCCAAGAUCAAGUUCGCCGUCAACGCAUCCUUCACCGUCAACUUCUGCCUUUUUGUCAUUCAGCUCUAUGCCGCCGUCUCAACCGGGUCUCUAUCGCUGCUGGUCGAGUCAGGCCGUGCUCUUGGCGAGGGCAAACGGGCCUCUGAGGAGCUGCACAUCAUCCCCAUCGUCAUCGUUGGCGUUGCCAUCUUCGCCAAGGGCUCCUUGAUGUUGUAUUGCUUCGCCUACCGAAAGUACCCCUCGGUGCAUGUCUUCUUCAUCGACCAUCGCAACGACAUCGUCGUCAAUAGCUUUGGUCUGAUAAUGUCCGUGGUGGGCGAUCGCUUCGUGUGGUAUCUCGACCCGAUCGGUGCCAUGUGCAUUGCCCUGCUCAUUCUGUUCUCCUGGGUCGCAAACGCCUUUGAGCAGGUCUGGCUCCUGGUCGGAAAGUCCGCGCCAAGAGACUUCCUCGCCAAGCUGACUUACAUGUCAAUGACCCACGACACUCGGAUUCUCAAAGUCGACACCUGCCGGGCGUACCAUGCCGGUCAGAAAUAUUACGUGGAGAUCGACAUCGUCAUGGACGAGGCGACCCCGUUGAAGAUUUCUCACGACGUGGCGCAAGAGCUGCAGAGGAAGGUCGAGGGACUCGGCGAUGUCGAGAGAGCCUUCGUCCACGUUGACUACGAGGACCAGCACAACAUCCAGACCGAGCAUAAAGCAUUGUACGAAAAGGUCGAGAAGAAGCCCAAGAGGACGCUGAAAGAGAUCCUGCUGCGGACGAAGAAGGACACUAGCAAGGUAGUCGAGACGGAGAUCUCGAGCGGGCGAAACUCGUCCUGA